AUGGCUCGUGUAGUCCGAAUUCCAGGGGGCCUCGCAUUUUGUCCCAACUGUGCUAACUGCCUGUACACCAAACCAACCGACCCUGCUGACCCGGACCGAAUCGGCGAACGCCUUACCUGCUAUUGCUACACUUGCCCUUACCAAUGCCCCGUUUCAUGGCUCAUGGAGAGGCAUGAGAACGGCCAGACCCAAGAAGACUCAGACUCGGACUCGGAUGAUACGGAUGUCGGCGUCAAGGUUGAAAGCGAGGAGGGUGGAAGCGACAAGGCAGCGAACGAUAAAGUUGAAGAUCACGCCAAAGAUGCUGCCGUUGAAGAUGCUGCCGUGGAAGAUGCUGCCGUGGAAGAAGAUGACGCCGGCUACUCUCCUACCAGUAUGAUCCCUUCGGACGGCACGGACGGGGCCAGUGAUUCCCUCGUGCUGAAUGCUGAGCAGCUCGAAUUCGUCAAUGCCCUGACCGAUGCGAUCUCUCAGCUGUAA